UUCGAUUACUAAUCAUAAUUUUAGAUUAAAUCAAUGGACAUUGAAUUUAUCUAGCACAAUAACAUGUUUUUUUUGGUCACAAUUUCAGAUUGAAUAAUUCUAGUUGUAGAUCGCACUGAUAUCAAAAGACGUAAUCCCUUCCAAUGAUUACAUAAAAAAUGGUACAUUCCUCAAUGGGGCGGUAGGGUUGCCUAGUGGUUAGAGUGUUGGACUAGUAAUCGAAAGGUUGCAAGUUCAAAUCCCCGAGCUGACAAGGUACAAAUCUGUUGUUCUGCUCCUGAACAGGCAGUUAACCCAGUGUUCCUAGGCCAUCAUUGAAAAUAAGAAUUUGUUCUUAACUGACUUGCCUAGUUAAAAAAUACUCUGAGAAGACUAUUUAACUAACAUUUCCAUCUAAUGUGUGACAUACAUGGUAUUUUAAACUCCAGUUUCAGAACUGGACAGCAACCAUUGGCUGCAGCAGAAUACUUUUAAUGUUCUGUUUGUUAAAAAUAAGGGGCAUAAUGUUGUGUCCCAAUGUUGUAGAGAGUCAGCCGAUGUUCAAAGAGCAGACUGUAAUCUGUUCUUCAGGUGUAUGACAAUAUUCUAUUAUUAUUCAGCUAAAUUCCAGAUGCAGUUGCAGAAUGUGCGUACACACUAAAAAGUUUGUCAAAGAUUCACGAGGCUGCUUUGUGAAUAUUCUGAAUAAAAGUCAAAGCAAAUCACCCCACAUGAUUGAAAUGCAAUAAAGUUGGCACUACUUGCAGACAUGAGCGAUGUAAAUACUAAAAUACUCUCUUCUCUCUCUAGGACGACAGUGAAGUCGUAUGUGUAGCAGCAGCUAUGAACAAGGAGACAGUGGUCAUAAUCCUACAAGCCAUGGAGAAAGUCUGCUCCUUCUCCGCCACCAUCAACCCACUCUUCGACAUAGUCACUGCAGUGGUGAAGGUGACAAAGAACCUGGUCGCCAAAGACCUCACCCAAGACCUGGACACCCAACAAUUGGGCCACAUCCACGCCAAGCUGGAAAGCAUCUCCAAGACAAACCAGCAGAUUCUGAAGCAGAUUCACCUGAACGAGGUCAAUGAGAAGUACAGCAAGUAUGAGGAGUAUAUCAAGCACCAGUACACCGCCCUCAACACCAUGGUGGAACAGUUCAAAAACCACCCUGAGGGAAGAGAGCGCUACAUGAAAGAUUUCCAGGAAGUCUAUGAGAGAGACAAGGAUACCCUUGCUCUAGACACAUACUACAGCAGUGUCGUAAAAGAGAAUAAAACUUUUGAACAAAGGGGUUUGCUGGAGGUGUACCUAGAGCACUACAAGCAAAACCGAGACGUCAUGGAGAAAAAGUGUUCCCAACUGUCUAAUGUCUUUCGCAUGGGCCUGAUGACACUAAUGGCAUAUACGGUGGUCACAGAGGAUGAUGAGGUUGAAGUCAGGGAGAAAUGGGCCCCCAGGGUGAAGAAAAUUCAGGCCAAGAUGGAUGAGGCGCUGGCCCAGUGUGAGGGGAACUGAUCCUCAUCCACUCCCAGGGUCGGGUGUCCAUAUGAGGGCUUUAAAGGGAUACUUUGGGAUUUUGGCAAUGAGGCCCUUUAUCUACUUCACCAGAGUCAGAUGAACUCAUGGGUAUCAUUUUUAUGUCUGUGUCCAGUAUGAAGGAAGUUAGAGGUAGUUUUGUGAGUCACUGCUAACUAGCAUUAGCGCAAUGACUGGAAGUUUAUGGGUAUCUGCGAGUCAUCUAACUCUGGGGAAGUAGAUAAAGGGCCUCACUGGCAACAUCCAGAAGUAUCCCUGUAAGGUUAAAAGCUGUUUGGAGUCUAGACCUCUUCCCUCAAUUUAAAAAGAAAAGUAAUCUCCUUUUGGGUGGUGGGCGAUAUUCUUUGUCAAUGAAUGGAAUGGAUUAAAUCUAGAUUGUAUAAUAUUUUGCUAUGAUCAGUGUUGCACUUCAGCCCUCAUGUUUUCUAUUUACCACUGCCGACUGUCAUUUAUUUUCAGAAAUGAGUCUGAAUGCAUACUUUAUGGUAACCUUCGAUUAAGUGUACUUUUGCUUCUUGACUUUUUCUAAAUAAAUGCUUUUUUGCACUUGUUAUUAA